GGAGAUCGAAUUCAUCAUCAUGGAGGAUGGCUUUCAGCAAGUGAAGAUGAUACCAAAUGCCUAUUCCGCAGCAUCUCUCAACAACAAAUACCUUCCCGUAGUUGAAGAGAUUGUCCAGUGCAUCACCAAAGCUGGGAUCAAGGUUCGACAAUUCCACAGCGAGGGUGGUCCUGGCGUGUUCGAGAUGUCAACCGAGCCUCUCAGUCCUUUGCAGGCAGCUGACGCAUUGGUCUAUUGCCACGAAACGAUCAAAGUAGUCUGUCGAAAGCAUGGACUGCAUGGAACUGUGUUCCCAAAGCCAUUCGAGAAAUUGACCGGCAUUGGGCAGCAUCACCACUUAUCAAUUUCGCCGAGUGAGAAAGAAGACUCUUUCCUGGCAGGCUUGCUAGACCAUUGGAAAGCUCUAGCCGCGUUGUACAUGCCCAACUAUGACAGCUAUUUCCGCCUUCAACCGGGACAGCAGGUCACUUGGGGUACAGCAAACAGGAGUACUGCGAUCCGCAAAAUUAACACUGGACACUGGGAACUGCGAGCGAUUGAUGGCACUGCCAAUCCCCACCUCACUAUGUUGGCCAUCCUCACUGCUGGAAUGCUAGGUCUGGAGGCCGGGCAAGAAUUAAAAAUGAAGGACUGCCAGGAAAUGAUAUUUCUCAAACAUCUUGAUGAGAAGCAAGCUGAGGGACACGGUGUAACGGAGACGAUGUCGACGAGCCUGAAGGAAUCUCUGAAUGCGUUGAGAAAUGAUAAGGCAUUGGUUGAUAAACUGGGGCCUGAAAUUAUCGACAAGUACUUGAAGAUGAAGGAGAAAGAGAACGAGAAUUUCAGCCAAUUGACAUUACAGGAAAGGAAGGAUAUUUCGAUGCGGAUCUUUUGAUGAGUUAUAACGACUCCACAAGGAGAAGUUGGACGCGAAUUUAGAUGUAUAGCUACUUGAAGA